GUUAAUAUCACAGAAAUGGAUUCAAAUUUCUGCCAUACGAAGCAUAUUUUUUUGAUUUAUAGGUAAAAUUUGCACAUUUUUUGAAUAGAAAACAAAAUGAACCAAAAAGUUUCUCAUAUUAUGACCAUAGCUAACAGUAUUAUUGGCGUGGGACUUUUAGCAAUGCCUUAUUGUUUUAAACAAUGCGGAAUAUUACUGUCUAUUUGUAUUUUAGUGGCAAGUAACGCAGUUUCACGAUUAUCUUGCCAUUUACUUUUAAAAUCUGCUAUUAUAGCUCGUCGAAAAACGUUUGAAAACUUAGCAUUUCAUGCUUUUGGAUCAUUAGGAAAGUUUAUUAUUGAAAUUGGAAUUAUUGGGUUUUUACUUGGAACAUGUAUUGCUUUUUUUGUUGUGAUGGGGGAUUUGGGACCAGCAAUUAUUACAAAAGUUUCUGGCACACAUUCAAGUGACACCAUACGUACCAGUUUAUUAAUGGCAUUAGCUCUCUUUUGUGUCCUACCACUUGGUUUAUUAAGAAAUGUUGAUAGUUUAACAAGUGUCAGUACUGCAUCAGUUGGGUUCUAUUUUUGUCUUGUUGUAAAGGUAAUCACAGAUGCAGGUCCACAUGUUUUUUCUGGUGACUGGACUUCCAGAGUUAACUUCUGGAGACCUGCUGGUAUAUUACAAUGUAUGCCAAUAUUUACAAUGGCAUUAUUUUGUCAGACACAAAUUUUUGAGAUAUAUCAAGCUAUUCCAAAUGCAUCUUUGGAUAAGAUGAACGAACUAAUAAGAGCAGCUGUUAAUAUUUGUACUUGGGUCUAUAUCUUUGUUGGCAUUUUUGGAUAUAUUGCUUUCUGUAAUCAACCAUUUACUGGAAAUAUUCUAAUGAGUUUUACCCCUUCCAUUAUUACUGAUGUAAUGAGCAUUGGAUUUGUUCUUUCGUUGGCAUUCAGUUUUCCUCUUGUUAUUUUCCCUUGUCGAGCUAGUUUAUAUUCCUUACUUUACAAACAGGCACAUUCAUCUCAUGAAAUUACUAAAAAUUACAUUCCAGAAGGAAAAUUUAAAUGUUUGACAUUCAUUAUCGUUUUUAUAUCCCUCCUAACGGGAGUGCUCAUUCCAAAUAUUGAAUUAGUUCUGGGUCUAGUUGGAUCAACCAUUGGAAUAAUGAUUUGUGUGGUAUUCCCUGCUACAUGUUUCAUAUGCAUUUCUAUGAAAAAUACGAAUGAACGUAUUGCUGCUCAAGUCAUGUUGUUUAUUGGAAUUAUGGUAAUGGUUUUGGGAACUUAUGCUAAUCUUUAUGCAAUAGAGCAAACCACAAUUGUAAUUGGCGCUCCCCAUGUUGAAAUAAAAGAACCUGCAAUUUUAAAGAUUGUUAAAGAAGACACUGUGCUUCGUGAUAAUGCUAUAGAUAUUCCUUCUGUUAAGACUCCUGAAAAGAAAUCUCUAGAUACUAACAAUAAUGAAGAAAAACCGAAAAUUGUUCAAGAUACAACAGAUAAAGCACCUCAUUCUCCUCCCCCUUUACAAGAAAUUCGUCAAGAGCCUCCUCAGCCAGUUGAACCGGAAGAUGUUCCUAAAAAUGAACCUCAUCAAGUCCUACAAAAGGAAUCUGUAAAUAUGGUUUUGAGUCAGCAGAAUAAAUCAAACGGGCUUGAUACAUCUGAUACUAAACUAAAGAAGGAAGCAAAUGUGGAUGUAAAGAAGAAUACAGAACCUCCCCCAAAACAAGUUUUGAAAGAUACACAGCACAAUAGUCAAGCAGAUAAUGAAGAGCAAAAGAAAGAAAAUAAAAAUUCAGAGAAAAGAGAUGAAGUGGAUAUUGAUGCAAUUCGAAAAGAAGAAAAGGAGUUGAUGGAUCAAGAUAAAGAAAGACUGAGUGAAGAAAAGAGCAAACUUGAACUUUUGAAAACGCUCAAGAAACAACAAGAGUUUGAAAAGCAGCUGCUGGAAACUCAGAAAGAGCUUCUUGGACAAAUAAAACAGCAAAAUAAAAAAGAUGACACCAAACAAAACGAAAUAGUUGCUGCCAAUCAAGAAGAACUGAAAAAGGCAGUUAAACAAAUUGAAAAUAUAGCAAAAAAAGCAAUUGAAAGUCUUAAUCAAAAAAAGGAAAAGAAUCAAGUAGAAGACAGGAAAAAGGUGAAUGAAAAGGAACAAAACAAUGGUGGAAAUGAUGAGGUCAGAGAAUCAGCACUACAAGUACUUCAACAAGAAGUUGUUGAAAAUAAACAAAUUGUAGAAGAACAAAAACGUGAUGAUUCCAAAAAAAAUAUAGAAAAAGAUUUAAAUGAUAAUCCUCCAUUGAAAUUAGUCGAAACGAUUCAAAACCAAGAACAAAUAAUACCAAAAAAUAAAAUAAUUCCUAUGCCAUUGGUUAACUCACAAAUUUACAAUACAGGGGCUAGUAAAGGAUUUGUCCCACUAUUGAACAAAACUAGCCUGAAAGAACCUAACGCAUUAGAAAGUAAUAAAACAGGAACAAAUAUCUUAGAUGUUUUAAAAGGAGCAAACGUUAUCAAGAAUAAUACAAACAACGCCGUGAAUAAUGAAAUUUUUGCAAAUCAAAAUCAAAACGAACAAAAACAGGAAGAAAAAGUAGAAAGAGAAAAAAGGGACAUAGAAGAAAAUGAAAAUAACGCGUCAAAAAAAGUUUGUCAAAGAGACGAAAAUGAACUACACCAUAAAAAAGAGAUUGAUGGACAGGAUCAAAAUGAACAAAAUUUAAUUUCAAACAAAAUGAACGAGAACGAAAAAUUAAAUAAUGAACAACUUAUUGCAAAAAAGUUAACAAAUGACAACAAAUUGGUUGAAGAUGCAUUGAAAGAAAAUAAUGAAGAAAAAAUUGAAUUGCAAAAAUUCGUUACCCAAAAACCUUUGAAGGAUGAACUCGAGUUACCAAAUUUAAACGAUGUCAAUUUAUUAGCAAAAGAUAUUCAAAAAGACAUGCAAGGACUUCGAUAAACACUUAAAAUUCUAUUUUUUGUGAUUUAAACUAAAGGCUGUAAUAGUUUUAAGACAUUUACCAUAGUAUAUCAUAUCGUAAACUAAAUGUAUUGUACAUAUUUUUAUUUAUGUAAAAUGAUCUGUAAGUAAUUUUUAAAUA